AUGAGUGAUAUCAUCGAAGAAAUCACUAUCAUUCAAAAAGAGAUAUCCUCUCUCAAUCUUGAGGUUGCCCGCUAUAAUGGGUUAGAGCCUGGAAUUUCUUUUCUACCCAAAGGAUUUCAAAAGACGGAAAGCUGCCGUCCCUUGCAGGUAGACACAAUCUGGGAAAGAGACAUAACAAUCCCACUCCGAGAUGGAACACAGCUGCGAGCUGAUAUAUUCAGACCUCAGAAUGCACCGGAUAAGUUACCGAUCCUGCUUGUCUGGACACCGUACGGGAAGACGGGAACCGGUGAGUUGUUUUUAGCCCAACAAAAGCCUUGCAAUUUUGGUACUGUUUCUUAUGAAUGCCCUGAAGGAAUGUUUGACCUAGACCUUGUCCAGGGACGUGACGGGAUACCACGUGAAAUGCUCAGCGGCUUCCAGUGUUUUGAGGGUCCAGAUCCAGCCGAGUGGAAUUAUCAUGAAUACGCAGUUGCUCAGGUCGAUGCGAGAGGGAUAUUCAAGUCACAAGGCAAUCAUGUAUGGCAUGGAACUGCUGAAGGCCGUGAUGGCUAUGAUACCAUUGAGUUCCUAGGUCAACUCAAGUGGAGUAACGGGCGUGUUGCCAUGAUAGGAAACUCAUGGUUGGCCACCUCGCAAUGGUUCAUCGCUGCCGAGCGUCCAUCCCAUCUUGCUUGCAUACUUCCUUUAGAAGGUCUGAGUGAUGUCUACCGUGAGACCCUCUGUCGUGGCGGAGUACCAUAUACGCCGUUCUGGACGUUCCUCAGGGAUAAUGGGCUGUAUGAUGUUAUUUCCAUGAUUGCGAAGUACCCGCUUAUGAAUGAGUUCUGGGAAGAUAAGAGAGCCAAGGCCCACCUUAUUGAGGUACCGGCCUAUGUCCUCACAAGCAUGUCCACAGCCUUGCACACUGUUGGAUCAACAAGAUGCUAUGAGGAUAUACCCCACGAAAAGAAGUGGCUUCGACUCAAUCCGACUCAGGAAUGGCACGAUCUCUAUCAGUCAGAGACCAUAACUGAUCUAAGAAAAUUCCUUGAUCACUAUACAAAAGGAAUUGAAAAUGGAUGGGAGCAGACGCCAAGAGCCCGGAUAUCAAUUUUGCGAUUUAAUCAGUCUCCAAUGGUGAAUUUGCCAUUCUCCAAUUGGCCUCCCCCCAACGUCAACUACGAGACAUAUUAUUUGACGGAUGCAAAUGGACUCACCCCAGACCUUGCCAAAGUGGCAAGCGGAAGCAUAUCAUACCCGAGCGAUGCACCUGCCUUGCAAAUGGAUAAAGAUACUGACGAGGCUAUAUUUAGUUUCACCUUUCCCCAGAAAUCAACUCUAGUAGGGCCAUCAAAGGCGAUACUUUUCAUGUCAUGUCCAGAUAACGAUGACCUUGAUGUCUUCGUCCAGCUGCGCAAACUUGAUCAUGACGGGAAGAUUCUCCAAAAUAUAAACAUUCCAUUAUCUGAUCUGGGUGUUACCUCCUCAGACGAGGUAGAUGAUAUCAACACACUUAAGUACCUGGGUCCAACAGGCGUACUGAGGGCUAGUCAUCGAACGCUAGACAAACGGCUAUCAAAGCCACAUUGGCCGAUGCACGACCACGCAAAUACACGACCAAUUGUCCCCGGCGAAGUGGUGAGGUUGGAAAUAGGUAUAUGGCCUGCAGCUAUACAAUUCGAAGCUGGAGAAGGUAUUGCUUUGAAGGUAUCGGGGCAUCAUAUGACCCUGGCUGAGUUUGUGCCGCUUCGC